CUGCCUCUCUCUGUGACAGCUAGCUUCAGUAGGCUAGCUUCAAUAGCCUCAGUAGCUUCAGUAGGCUAGCUCAGAAGCUUCAGGAGCCUGUAAACACCAGCACAGAGCACCGGGUGAGGGGACACGCUGCUGUCUCCUGACACUCUAUCUGUGUGUGUCUCUGCAGCAUAGCCCGAGCUUUCUCCUCACCUAUACUAUCGUUUUCCCCCAAUGGUCAACCCCUGCUCCACCGACUUCUGCCUUCUUUUCUUCCUUUCCUAAGUUGUCGUCUGUUGGCGGAUGUCUCGUCACUUCCCUCUGAGGUCGGGGGCCAGUUGGAGUGGUGAGGUGGGUGUGCAGCAGCAGUGAUGCGGGCUUCAGUGGCAGGCUGCAAGAUGAGCAUUGGUGCACUCCUUAACGGGUUGCUGGUCUCUGUAGUCGCUGCUCUUCUUUGGAAGUAUUCCAAGCUGAGUGAGCACGCCGCCCUGCUUGAGGAAGAGCUGCACAUGACCCAGCAGUCCCAGGAGGUCUCGCAGGCCCACAUCGACUACCAUGUUGCCCUUCAGGCUCUUCAGGAACACGGCACCCGCAUGGUCUGCACCGGAAAGAUGCACACCGACCGCAUCUGCCGCUUUGACUACCUCUGCUACUGCUCUGAGGCGGAGGAGUUUGUGUUCUUCCACUCCAAUUCCUCUGUCAUGUUGCCAAACCUGGGCUCCAGGCGCUUCCAGCCGGCCCUUCUGGACUUGUCCUCAGUGGAGGAUCACAACACCCAGUACUUCAACUUCUUAGAGCUCCCAGCUGCUGCUUUAAAGUUUAUGCCUAAACCGGUGUUCGUACCGGAUGUGACACUUAUUUUAAACAGAUUCAAUCCAGAUAACCUAAUGCACGUGUUUCACGAUGACCUGAUCCCUGCCUUCUACACUAUGAUGCAGUACUCAGACUUAGAUGAUGAGGCGCGUUUGGUUUUUAUGGAGGGCUGGGGUGAAGGCCCGCACUUUGACCUCUACCGACUUCUAAGCAGCAAGCAGCCACUGCUCAAAGAACAGCUCAAGAACUUUGGCAAGCUCAUGUGUUUCACUAAAUCCUACGUGGGCUUGUCCAAGAUGACCACCUGGUACCAGUACGGGUUUGUUCAGCCGCAGGGGCCCAAAGCCAACAUGUUGGUGUCAGGAAAUGAGAUCCGGCAGUUUGCGAGGGUUCUGAUGGACAAAAUGAACAUCACAAGGGUAGAGGAAAUGGAAAAGGAUGGAGGGAGUUCUGAAGAUGAGAAAGGGAAAAAGGAUGAAUACAUUGUACUGUUUAGUCGUUCAACAACACGGCUGAUACUGAACGAGGCGGAGCUGAUCAUGGUGCUGGCCCAGGAGUUCCAGAUGAGAGUGGUCACAGUAUCCCUAGAGGAACAGUCCUUCCCCAGUACCGUCCAGGUGAUCAGUGGGGCUUCCAUGUUAAUCAGUAUGCAUGGAGCUCAGCUAAUCACCUCACUCUUCCUCCCUAGAGGAGCUGUUGUGGUGGAGUUAUUCCCUUUUGCUGUUAACCCUGAACAGUACACCCCGUAUAAAACCCUUGCCACCCUUCCAGGCAUGGAUCUUCACUAUGUCUCUUGGAGGAACACCAAGGAGGAGAACACCAUCACCCACCCAGAUAAACCUUGGGAUCAAGGGGGCAUUACUCACUUGGAGAAGGAGGAGCAAGAGCGAAUCCUGGCGAGCAAAGAUGUGCCCAGGCACCUGUGCUGUCGCAACCCGGAGUGGCUCUUCCGGAUCUACCAGGACACUUUGGUGGACAUCCCUUCCUUCUUGGAAGUCCUUAAAGAGGGAAUGAAGACAAAGCCCAGUGUGAGAAGAUCCAAACCGGCCAGCACAGUUCAUCCGGGCCGGGUCAGAGAACCCCAGUGUCAGACCUCGGUACAAACCACUAAUGAGGCUAAACUCACAGUCUCCUGGCAGAUCCCGUGGAAUCUGAAAUACCUGAAAGUGAGAGAGUUGAAGUACGAGGUGUGGAUCCAGGAGCAGGGAGAGAACACCUACAUGCCUUACAUCCUUCCGCAGCAGAACUACACGUUUUCAGAGAACAUCAAGCCCUUCACCACCUACCUGGUGUGGGUCAGGUGUAUCUUCAACAAGAACCUCCUGGGCCCCUUUGCAGAUGUUCUUAUGUGUAGGACCUAGUACAAACACCUUGCCGAUGUGUUGCUGUUUAGUUUAUAGGUUGAGUCAUGCUUGUGCCACACAGUCAAAUUUGAACAUUGUCCAGUGGGGGUUGGCAAAAGUGAAAUGGCAUAUCCUAGACCAGGCUGCUGAACAGUAAUGUUUCCCUGGCCAGCACAGGCAACAAGAAGACUUGAACCACAGGGUCACAACUCCAUGGCAACAGCCAUUCAUAAAUGGAAAGUAUAUUUUCUGUACCAGUGAAAGAAAGAAAAACCAUGUCAAUACUAAACAUAACAGAAGUCAAAUGAGCAGAUUUAUUUAUGUGCAAAUAUAGAACAUGUUUUUUAGUAUUAGUCAAAACACUGGUUCUUUACCUUUUGACAGUAUGCAAUAGAGCUUUUCUCUAGAGAGCGAGGAAGGUUUUAGAAUAGCAAGAUUUGUUUAUGUUUUCUGACUUGUCUACUGUGUGUGUGAUGCCUGUGUGGCUUAGUGUACCUACCAGUUGUUUGAUUGCUUACACCAUUAUUUGCAGAACCUAGCCGAAACCAAAGCAACAUUCAACAUCGUUCAGGCCAUAUGAACGAUACAUACCUUCAACCUGGUAUCUAAAGAAAUUGUGAAGGAUUGUGUGUUUUUUUUUUUAAUCAAAGCUCAACAAAAGUUAAUAAUGUUUUGACUCUGUGUAAUUGUAAGGAGCAUUUUGUGAGGAAAGCUCCUGUUCUUUAACUACACUAUAUUUUUAAAUGUUACAAUAGCACACAAGUCUUGGUCUUUCCAAAGUAUUAUGCCACAAAUAUUGAAGUCAGUUCUACUGAACAAAUUAUGUGCAAAAAGUGGCUUUCUUUAAAGAAACCCUAUCAUGCUUUUUGGAUUUUUCCUUAAGUGUGUUUCUAUAGGUUUUUGUGCAUGUAAAUGUUCUGCAAAGGCUAAAAUCCCUGUGUUCCCUUCAGAGGGAGUUUCUCUCCCACACACACUGCCUGAAACGCCUCCAUUGGUCUCCUUUGUUUACUUCUGUAACAUAGUGACAGCAC